UGCAAACCCGGAACCGGAGACUGAAAUGGGCUUCGUAUCUAGGUCUAGAUAGAAUACUGCUGCUUGUGUGCGUAUUUAUCCAUUACCACUGGAACCCUCCUGCCAGUAGUGAGCCGGAGAUCUAACCAGCGGCGGCAGGGUGACGCCUGGAUGUAGGCUUGCUCCAGCCCUCCAUCCGGGAGGCACAAAGUGUGCCGAUGGACCUGGAGGAGGAGGUGGCGAAGGCCCAGGCUCUGCUGCAGACCCACAGCCCCUCCUCUGUGGUGGCCAGCCUUGGCCUUGCUGUCUUCUGCGUCUGUGUAGACCAUCUCCUGCUGCUCUCACUUGUCCAGCAGCACGCGUGGCUGCGCGCCGCAGUGGAUAAUGGCGCCCACGGUGCCAUCGGCUUGUGGUCGUGGGCCAUCGUCGUCGGCCUGAGGACGUGGAGUGGUGUUUGGGAAUCUGUCCUUGCGGGCUGCCUGGCCUCGGCAGUGGACCUGGACCAUUUCUACUUAGCUGGAUCUUUCUCGCUCGAAGCAGCUCUGAACCUCCCGCGACGGCCACCCUUACACUGCUCCUCUCUGAUUCUUCUCCUCUGUGGCUCCCUGCACCUGCUCAUCAGGGCCUGUCGACCAGGGGCCCCUUGGCGUCCCCUGCCUUGGCUGCUGUUCAUCUCCCUGGCAUCUCACCACAUUAGGGACGGCACGCGGCGGGGGCUCUGGGUGUGGCCCUUUGGGAACACGCCACCCCUCCCGUACUGGCUGUACGUGGCCCUCACAGUAACGCUACCCCAACUCUGCUCAGUCCUUAUGGGCGUCCUGGGGACCAGAGAAGCCGAUUCCAGGAGACACAAGGCAGCCUUAGAUGUGUGAAUUUAACAUGCAGCCUCCUACAUUGAUCAACCACGAUUAAAUUAACCUUCAUUAGCAGAUUUCUUUCUCAGUAUAACCUUACAGCUAAUUUGUAGCCCAGUUCCUCACCCACUACCACUCCUCAUUUGGAAUCCGUACUCCUGAGGUGCCAGGAGUCACCAUAAUUGAGCAAAUACACAACUUCUUAUAGCAGUGACCAACAAAUUUUGGGGGGAAAAAAUCAGCUAAACCACAAGUGUCUUACAUCACAUAGUGGUUCAUUGAGAACCAGUAUGGACAUUUAAACUGCACAUUUGUUAGGAAUUCUUAUGUAAAAUAUAAAACCAGAGGUUAUUCCACAACCAGAAAAUGUUCCUUCUAGUGUAAACAACUGUUCAGUGGUGUAGUUCAGAAGAGAAUACAUCUGUACAGUAAAACUCAAUGCAAAGAUGAUCUGUUGACAGAUCUGUUCAUAUUAUCAGGUUGUGUGACACUGGUGAUUUAUUAAAAUAAAAAAACCAUGUAGCACCCCCCAAUAAUAGAUCUGUAAUCCACUCAGCCAGGUGUGUGUGAAAUGUCAUCUCAUACAGACAAAGGCACGGUUGAUGAGAAUAAAAACCUUUAUUAGUGUG